AUGUAUAAAGCCUGGAGUAAGAGAAAGAAGAGAGGAGAGAGGAAGGAAGAGAAGGAAGGAGCAAAGCAUACAUCAUCUAUGUUGUGUGGAUUGUGUCUCUGUGCAGAAAGCAAAAAAAGGAAGAAGUGCAGAAAAGAAGAUUCAGAAACAGAAGAGAAAACUGACAUUCAGUCACAUGGAAAGAAGACACACCAGCUAUCUGAACCUAGAAGCCUUUCAGAAAAUCUUAUGGAAAUGAGUCUGAAAUCAACAGAGAUAAAAAAUAACUGCAGUGGAAAUAGUGGCAAUAUACCUUUAAGCCAAAAGGACAGUCUAACAUGUGGUGUACAGAAAACAUCAAAGGCCCUGGAAAACAAGGGAGACCUAGCUGAUGAUGUUCUUUCUUUGUCCCAGGUGUCUUCAGGAAAGUUUGUACCUGUAUUCUGUAAACCAAAGAAAAGUCCCGUUAAUGUUUUGGGAACCAAAGGGGACAAGAUGAUGACAUCUAUCAAAACAGAUCCUGAGAAUUCAAAGUGUGAUAAAUUAAGAGCAGACAUCUGUACUCCUUCUGUUACCAGGACUGUAUUUUCCAGCAGUUCAUUGCAGAUACAGCCAUCACAGCCCUGUCUAAAACAGGACAGUAAGGGUUUCAAAGCACAGGAAAAUGCCAUGCAGUCAGAGUUAGAGUGUAAAGAGGCAGUUUUGUCUCCAGUUGACUAUGGAAUAUUUAUAGGCGUGCCACCUUUAGAAGUACAGGUAACUGCUAAUUCAGCAGAACAAGAAAAAAUCCAUACCCAGGAGGAAGUUGUAGAUGGCAUGCAUCUUGGAGAAGCUGUCUUUCGUUUGACAGCACAGCAACAGCACAUGUCUCCAGAUGUUAGCAGUGGAACCAAGGCUGCUGGUGGGCUGGUCAUUUCCAUUCAUGGUACACUUAGUGAACCAUUGGAAGAUGUGCCCAGAUAUAUUCAGGCAGUGCCAGUUAUGCCUUUGGAGUCUGACAGCUCGACUGCAGAGGACCACCUUUUUGUUUUGAAUAGUAGAGGUCACAGUGAAAUUGUCCUUGACAGCUCGGAAGUGUCCCUUGAACACUGCAGCACUGUUGAAAGGUCGAGUUUGAUUGAUAAUCAGCAGACUGAUAAUGCAGCUUGUCUAGAAGGUGAGAGAAAUGCAGACAUUUCUAUGGGGGAAACUGCAGCUAGAAAUUGUGACAUGUUUGGCAGUGAACAAGUGAAUGAAGUGAAAGAACAGAGGGAAAGUGGUUUAGAGCUUCCUCAGAAUCCUGAUAUUUCAGUAAGAGACAGUGAUAAAGAGGAGAAGGGAACUACUGCAGACAAUCAGCCUUUGUUAGAAGAGGUUGCAGAACAAGGCAGAAAAAGACCUACUGAAAGCUCCAAAGAUGUGCUUUCUCUGACUGAAAAUCAUGCACUUGUUCCUGUUCCAGAUCUCGUGACAUCUGACUCAAAAUCUGAAAUGUACCUCUCUGACUCACAGUUAAGAAAGCAUUGUCUAGCUAUUUCUGAGAAAGAGAAAUUGCAAAACACUUCAUUUAUUUUGGACAACAACAUAUUUUCUCCGGGACCACUCUUAAAUGCUGCAAAUGGUUAUAAUGAAGAAAAAGAUGUCCUUUCAGAGCAGGAGGUUGUGGAAUUUGGUAUCAGUUUUCGUCCUCAAGUUCCAAGCUCUUUAGAGGCUAGUGUCUUAAGUGUGGCUGUCCUGGAAAAUAAACAAACAACUGAAGUUUUCAAAACAGUAGAAGGUGGCAGUGAUACUGAAAUGUUUCGGGGUAUGAAGAAUAAUUAUUGUCCUUGUACAAAAAGUUCAACUGAAGACACGCCACAACAGCAGAUUAAUUACAUUCAGAAAGAUCUUCCUGUGCAUGAGAUGAAGGGUCUAUCAGACAUGUUGAGUGACUUGGACAUGAGCAACAUCAGCCCUGUGGUUGCGUCUGAAGCAGGUGAAUGUGUUCCUAGUCCGAGUGUUGCUGAGGGAGUAGUUUAUGUGGAAGAGAAUAUUUUACCUAAAGACCAAGCCGUUGUUCCUGUUACUUUGUUUUUUCCAGAGAGUAAGUCACAGAUUGCUUCAACAGAUAGCACUUUCCUCACUCACUUACAAAAGCUGGCUUGCCCGAUAACUGCUGGAAGAAAGAGAAAUGGAAGAUGUGACUUGCUGUCUCCUUUGUGCUCUGGUUCUGCUUCUCAGCUGGAGAAAUUAGAACCAAGACAUGAAAUCCUACAGGAACAGUAUGAAAUCACACAGGAGGAUGCAACAGAUGUUGUCUGCGGACUAAUUACAGAGCUCUCGGAUCUUAACCGACUCAUCAUGUCUACCCAUCGAGAACUGGUGACAGUCAGAAAAGCAAAGCUAAGAAAGGAAAAACAAGUAGGAAGAUUUCCACAGAUAUCAAAGGGAAAAUCAAAUGCUUUAUACCUGCCAAAAGGAAAGAACUACAAAUCAAAACAAUGCUAUGAAUGAUUAGACAUAUUUAAAAAUAAUUGUACUGAGGUUGUGUAAGUUCUGUGUUCACAAGUUUUCUAUAUUAACAAAAGGAUCUGUAUGAUGGAAUAGCUGUUUCAAGGAUUAUAUGUGUUUUAAACAUUUUUACAUAAAUAAUAUGUGUAUAUCUUAUGCACCGUAUGAUGUAAUGUACAUAGUUGUGUUUGUUCUACAUUGAGACUUCAUAUUUUCUUUGAUAA